GAAGUCCGUGAGAACCUCACACUACGGUCGAUGUUCUGAGCGAGUAGUCGUUCUUCUGGCCCCAGUGUCGAGCAGAAAUGACGUGAACUGUGGAAACUCGUCGGGGGUUGUUAACAGCGGAAAAAGCUGUCGGUGAUGUCCAGAUCUUAGACAAAGACUGAAACUCCCUCCCAUCAUGGACUCCAAGAAGCCGGGCAUGUUGCAGCAUCUCCGCCAGAAGAUGCUGCCACACCUCCGGCGAGGCAAGACAAGCCCAAGAAAGCACCUCGUUCAGCUGGAACACAGCAUGGACCACCGGAUGAGCUCCUCUGUUCCCGACAUGAGGGACAUGAGGCAGGAGUACCCUCAGGUCUCCUACAAAACGCACCUCCAACAGUACAACUCUCCCAGCUACAGCAGCCCCUCCACACCACUUGUCAAACCUGCUGGAGGCCUAGGAGGAGGUAGGAGUGGCCUGGUGAUGGGUGUAGUGGGUGGAGGAGCUGGGAGGAGUGUGCCUGCAGACUGCACGGACUGGGCUUCCUCUCAGGAGUCAUUCAACAGUCUCUGCGAGGAGGAGGACAAGAGCUCUCUGGAGACAAACUACAGGCCUGUCGGGGGCAUGGAGCCUGAGGAGCUAGCCCUGCCCGAGAUGAUGACCGUCUACAGCCCAGACCCUCCCUCUGUGGAGGUGUCCCAGGACAGCUCACAGUAUAACAAUCAUGAUUUCAGUGGUCAAGGCUUCAAAGACGGGGGCAACCAAAAUUCUGAGAUGGGCAACGAGGGCUUGAGGGUGUCAGAGAGCAUCAGUGAUCUUCCCAGGUCCUACCUGCUCACCAUCAACCUGAAGGAAGGAUGUAACCUUGUCAUCAGGGACCGCUGUGGUACCAGCGACCCUUAUGUGAAAUUUAAAUUGGAGGGGAAAACAUUCUACAAAAGCAAAGUGGUUUAUAAAGACCUCAACCCCAAAUGGAAUGAGACCUUCUCCCUCCCUGUGAAGGAUCUGAGCCAGAAGCUGUACAUCAAGGUAUAUGACCGUGAUCUGACAACUGAUGACUUCAUGGGCUCUGCCAGUGUCACACUGAGUGAUCUGGAGCUGGACAAGGUCAAUGAGAUGUCUUUGCCCCUGGACGAUCCAAACAGCCUGGAGGAGGACAUGGGGUUGGUUCUGGUGGAACUGAGUCUGUCUCUCAGAAAUGGAGACAACAAGAGAGGCAACCGGUGGCCCCAAAAAAGAAAACGAAGUAUUAGGUCGGGAGGCUAUACUCAGAACCUUCGUCUGUCAGAGACACUGAGGAAGAAUCAGCUGUGGACUUCUGUUGUGUCUGUGACUCUGGUCGGGGGUGAAGAGCUGCCGCUGGACUCUCUGGGAGGUCAGCUCUUUGUUCGCUUCAGACUUGGAGAGCAGAGAUACAAAAGCAAGAAUCACUGCAAAGUGCCCAACCCUCAGUGGAGAGAGAGGUUCACCUUUAACCAGUUCAUAGACAGGCCAGACAUCCUGGAGGUGGAGCUCUGGUCCAAGGAAGGACGAAGGAGCGAGGAGUGUUUGGGAGCGUGUGAAGUUGACCUGUCCAGGAUACCUUUCAAUGAGAGGCAGCUGUUCACACACACCCUGGACCAGGGGAGAGGACGCUUGGUCUUCCUUCUCACUCUAAACACAUGCAGCGGCGUCUCCAUCUCUGACCUGUGUGCUGCACCACUCGAUGAACCCCAUGAACAACAGCACCAGCUGGACAACUAUAGUUUGAGAAAAUCCCUGAAAAACCUCCGUGAUGUUGGUUUCCUUCAAAUUAAAGUUGUCAAGGCAGCAGAUUUGCUGGCUGCUGAUUUAAACGGCAAGAGUGAUCCCUUCUGUGUGUUGGAAGUGGGGAACGACAGACUGCAGACCCACACAGUCUACAAGAGCCUCAACCCAGAGUGGAACAAAGUCUUCACAUUCCCUGUCAAAGACAUUCAUGAUGUUCUGGUGGUGACAAUCUUUGAUGAGGAUGGAGACAAGGCGCCAGACUUCCUGGGAAAAGUUGCCAUUCCGCUGCUCUCGAUCCGCAGGGGACAGCAGAUCACCUUCCCACUGAAGAAAGAGGACUUAGGUGGGAUGUCGAAGGGGAACAUCACUCUGGAGCUGGAGGUUAUUUUUAACCCUGUAAGAGCGAGUAUAAGAACCUUCCAACCAAGGGAGAGAAGAUUCAUGGAGGAUAAUCCCAAAUUUUCCAAAAAGGUUCUGGCCAGGAACGUGAUGCGUGUUCAGACACUGUACAGGGCUAUCAUGUCGACUCUGCAGUACAUCAAAAGCUGCUUCCAGUGGGAGAGCACUCAGAGGAGCCUGCUAGCCUUCCUGGUGUUUGUGGUGACAGUGUGGUACUGGGAGUUUUACAUGCUGCCAUUCUUCCUGGUCCUGCUUAUCUCAUGGAACUACCUCCAGAUCCGGUCCGGUCGGGUCAGUCAGGACCUGGACAGUAUGGAUUUGGCAGAUGAGGAGGAGGAUGAGGAGAAGGAGUCGGAGAGAAAAGGGCUGAUGGAGAAAAUCCACAUGGUCCAAGACACCAUCAUCACCCUUCAGAACCUGUUGGAGGAGAUCGCCUGUUUUGGGGAGAGGAUUAAAAACACUUUCAACUGGUCAGUGCCGUUCCUGUCUGGCCUGGCAUUCCUGAUCUUUGUCAUCGCAACCAUCCUUACAUACUACAUCCCAAUACGCUACGUGGUUUUAAUAUGGGGUAUCAAUAAAUUCACCAAGAAAUUACGGAACCCGUACAGCAUUGACAACAAUGAAGUGCUUGAUUUCCUGUCGAGGGUGCCUUCAGAUGUGCAGAAGGUUCAGUACAGUGAGAUGAGAGGCAGCAAGAAGAAGAAACUCUUGUAGGCUUCCUACUUAGAAACUGUUUCCAGAGGAAAUGCUUGUCUCGGGGUGCGUGGUAGGUUUGAAUCUUAAGUUGCUGUGGUGAUUCACAGCUCGGCACCGCUCACAUCAACCAGCACCUUUCAACCAAAGACGUCCAUACUGAGGACCCCACACUGGAGGAGUUUGUGAAAUUAUUUCCAGUGAUUGUAGGUGUUUUAUUGUAUGUACAGUUUAUUCUUUAAGAUAAUCAAUCAGAAGCUGUUUGUUUCAUAUUUCCUGGCUGCUGGUUGUGUCCUAAAACCAGCUGAGAUGUCACUUUGUAUUAUAUUGAAUGUAUAUGCUUGGUUUGUAAUAUUUGUGUGUAUAUUUUUACAUAAUUUACAUUGAUAGAUGUGCAGACUCCAAAAUGGAUUAUAAACCAUUUCAAAAAAAUAACAAAAUUGUUGCUGGGAUGACAGUAAAGUACAUCAGUCAAAAGACAUUAUAAGACACUUUUUCAAAAUUGAGCCUCUUGUAUGUCCACAUACAGCAACAUAAGUAAGUAGCAAAUAUUCUGCAUCAUAUCCCUUUGUUUCUUACAUUUAAGAUAUACAGAGUGAUGUUCAUACAAUAUUGACUGAUUUUACUUCAACGUGCGGACUUAUUUUUAUAUGCAAAUAUGAGUGCCUGCAUUAUGUGUUUAUUCAUCCUACAUAGAGGAUGCCCUGUACUCUGUUAUGUUUUACUCUUUGCUUGUGAAUGGGAUGGGGCCAGAUCUGUACACACUUUAUUUAUUAAUGACAAUCAGUGAUGAAGACUUUGUGUCUCAUUUCUAACAGCAAUAAAUGCACACAAUCACAGUUUAGUAUAUA